AUGCCGUCGACAGCUCUCCCACUAAAAGUUACUCCUGCAUCAACGCCAGCAAGGGCUUCACCACAACCGUCUACUUCGGGUUCCAAAACUCCGACGAAGCAGGCCAUCGCCACUAAUCCUGGCGAAAUAUCUAGCCCCCAUGAACUAACGGCCUUCGUAGAAACGCUACUUGAACAACUAGAUACCCAAUUCGAUGCCAUGUCGUCUCAGAUUCUUGAUCACAUGAUGCAAAUGUCGAAUCGAGUUGACGCAUUGGAGGCUGCUAUACAGGACAUCAUUAGUGGGGAUGUGACCACACCAAGUGCAUCUAUGUCAUCGACGCCGCUUCUAGCCGCCGGCGCAGCUCUGCCAAGUGUUCGAAGGAGUGGAAGUGCCGCUCAAUGA